GACUAAUUUUUUUUCUGAGUUAUCGGGACACAUCGAACUCACGCGAGAACCUGCGAACUACAAGUGACUCUUUGCGGAAUCCGUAGUAAGCAACAUGACCGGCUUAUUCAGUUUGAUCAAGUUUUAUUUUGAUAUGGGUUUAAGACACUGGGAGAUACUCCUGUCUUUGAGUCACAUAGAUGGUAUUGUUAUUAGUUUGUCGACAUUACGCAGGCACCUGCGGACUUUGCGUUUGUUCAGGAGGAAAGCCCAUUCAGAUCUGCUCGAUACAGCAAUGUUUGUCCAGAAUCAGUUGGACAGAUAUGGUAUGCUCCAUGGAUACAAGAUGAUGCAUUUAAAAUGCAUUCAGGCUGGCUACGUGGUGACUCAAGAGACGAUCAGGAGACUGAUGAAAAUACUGGACCCGCACGGUGUGCAACUGAGGCGGCGGAAUCGGCUUCGCCGGCGUAUGUACCACAAUCCCGGCCCAAACUUUUUGUGGCAUGUAGACUCUUAUGACAAACUCAAACCAUAUGGGAUCUGUAUCAAUGGUGCAAUAGAUGGUUUUUCACGAAUGGUGAUAUGGCUACAUGCUUACUCGACAAACAGUGAUCCUAAGAUAAUUGCUGGAUACUUUAUUAAUGAGGUGUCAUCAAGGAAUGGGACUUCUGCCCGAAUUCGUUCGGACCUUGGCACCGAGAACUGCUUUAUUGAGCAAAUGCAGAUGUUCUUGAGGCACGACCAUCUGGACAACUUUUCGCACAGAUGUUAUCUGUAUGGAUCGAGCAAUCACAACCAAAGAAUAGAGAACUGGUGGGGCUUUUUAAGGAGGCAACAUGCACAGUUUUGGAUGAACCUGUUCCAUGAUUUAAAAGACUCAGACUUCUUUUCUGGUGACUUCCUGGACAAAAGUAUCAUUCAGUUCACAUGUCUUGAAAUAAUAGAGCGAGAACUACAGGAAGUUGUUCACCUCUGGAACACUCACAGAAUUCGCCCAUGCAGAAAUGCUGCAUCUCCAGGUGGGCGCCCAGUGAUGAUGUACACCCUACCUGAACUUUUUGGAGCCAGAGAGUACUUGAAAGAGGUAUCUCGAGAAAAGAUAGAGAUCUGCAGAGGAGAAUGCCUUCAGAGAGGACCGUACCCCUGUGAUGAUACAGUGUUUGACAUUUGUUGUCUCGCCAUGGCAGAAAACAGUCUUCAUCCACCCACCUCUCCAGAGGAAGCCAUCGAGCUUUACAUGUUCUUACGUGCUUACAUACGAGCGCAGAUUUCAUGAACACAACCUGCUCUACAGGAUCAAAUGACAGGAUCAUGUAACCCUCCAAAAAUGGUAGACCUUACGCACCAUGAAUUUAACUGUAAAGGGUAUUAAAACAGUAAAUUACUGUGAAUUUGCUCCAAAUGGACAUCUCCACAAUGUGCCUCGUAUAUCUUCUUUCUAUUCCAGAAAAGCAAACGUCCAAUGUAUGCAUGAAAAAA